UCCACCCCUGGAUAUAUGAGACCCUCAGGAGCAGGCUCCGGAAGAGUGUCUUAGGAGCAUCUUCUAAGUCACAUUCCACCAUGAAGCUUACCACCACCUUCCUAGUGUUCUGUGUGGCUCUGCUCAGUGACUCUGGUGUUGCUUUCUUCGUGAACUCGGUGGCCAAACCUGUGGCAGAACCUGUGGCUGCCCUUGCCCCAGCUGCAGAGGCUGUGGCCGGGGCUGUGCCUAGCCUACCAUUAAGCCAUUUGAGCAUCCUGAGGUUCAUCCUGGCCAGCCUGGGCAUUCCGGUGGAUCCCCUUAUAAAGGGUUCCAGCAAGUGUGUCACUGAGCUGGGCCCUGAGGCUGUGGGGGCUGUGAAGACACUGCUGGGAGCCCUGACAGCAUUUGGUUGA